GCAAACAACAUGGACGAGAUCGAUGUCCCUCCCUUCUUCCUCUGCCCCAUAUCGCUCGAAAUCAUGAAGGAUCCCGUCACCGUCGCAACCGGUAUCACCUACGACCGAGACAGCAUCGAGAAAUGGCUCUUCUCAACCAAAAACGACACGUGUCCCGUCACCAAGCAACCGCUUCUCCUCCCAGACCUCACUCCGAACCACACCCUCCGCAGACUCAUCCAAGCCUGGUGCACCGUUAACGCCUCUAACGGCAUCCAAAGAAUCCCAACGCCAAAACCACCCGUCAGCAAAUCAAAUGUCGAAAAACUCCUCAAAGACGCUUCCAAUUCCCCUCUCUUACAAACCCAAUGCCUCCAAUCCCUCAAAUCCAUCGCAUCCCAAAGCGAAUCAAACAAACGCUGCCUUGAAUCCGCUGGCGCCGUUAACUUCUUAGCUUCACUCGUAACCGGCAACGCCGGUUCCUCUUCUCCUUCAACCUUAACAGAUGACGAUGAUUUCGUGUUCAGAACAAGCGCAGAAGACGAAGCCUUAAGCAUCUUACACACUCUUCACUUAUCAGAAACAGGUUUGAAGACCCUAAUGGGAUUCAAAAGUGGCGAAUUUUUAAACUCCUUAACAAGGUUAAUGCAAAGAGGCGUAUACGAGUCACGUGCUUACGCAGUUUUUUUGUUGAAAUCAAUGUCUGAAGUGGGUGACCCAGUUCAGUUAAUUCACCUACGAAGUGAAAUGUUCGUGGAAUUAGUACAAGUUCUGAAGGACCAGAUUUCACACAAGGCUUCGAAAGCGACGUUGCAAGCGUUGAUUCAACUGUGUCCAUGGGGAAGGAACAGGAUCAAAGCGGUGGAAGCAGGUGCUGUUCCUGUAUUGGUGGAGCUUCUUUUGGAUUGCAAAGAGAGAAAGCCUUGUGAAAUGAUGCUUGUGCUUUUGGAGAUUCUGUGUCAAAGUGCUGAUGGGCGUGCAGGGUUGUUGAGCCAUGCGGCGGGUUUGGCUAUUGUGUCGAAGAAGAUUCUGAGGGUUUCGACGAUGGCGAAUGAUAGGGCUACGAGGAUUUUGUUGUCUGUUUGUAGGUUUUCUGCGACUCCAUGUUUGGUGCAAGAAAUGCUGAACCUGGGUGUGGUGGCGAAGCUAUGUUUGGUGCUUCAGGUGGAUAGUGGGAACAAGGCGAAGGAGAAAGCGAAGGAGAUUCUCAAGCUUCAUGCGAGGGUUUGGAGGAAUUCGCCUUGCUUACCCAGUCAUUUCCUUGCUUCGUACCCAACGAGUGCGUGA